UCACUCUUGCAGUUUUCCACAGGACCCUGCAUUCACUAUAUCUGGUCUCCCCAAACCCUGCAUUCACUAUAUCUGGUCUCCCCAAACCCUGCAUUCACUAUAUCUGGUCUCCUCGGACCCUGCUUUCACUAUAUCUGGUCUCCUCGGACCCUGCAUUCACUAUAUCUGGUCUCCUCGGACCCUGCAUUCACUAUAUCUGGUCUCCUCGGACCCUGCAUUCACUAUAUCUGGUCUCCUCGGACCCUGCAUUCACUAUAUCUGGUCUCCACGGACCCUGCUUUCACUAUAUCUGGUCUCCACGGACCCUGCUUUCACUAUAUCUGGUCUCCCCGGACCCUGCAUUCACUAUAUCUGAUCUCCCCGGACCCUGCAUUCACUAUAUCUGGUCUCCCCGAACCCUGCAUUCACUAUAUCUGGUCUCCCCGGACCCUGCAUUCACUAUAUCUGGUCUCCCAGGACCCUGCUUUCACUAUAUCUGGUCUC